CCCUGUCGACCACACGAGGGCCUCAUUUUCAAAACAAACAAAAUGGCGGCGCACAUGAGAUGGGGUCUUCUCCAGCUGUUACGAGCGAGAAAUACGUCUCACAUUAGGUAUCCACAGCAGAUCACGAGCUCGCAUCACUCCCAGUGCACGACCCGGAGCUCCAGAGGACUUCAGUCUCAUCGCAGGACAGCAGGAGCCACGCUCUUCCCAAUAAGACACUUGUCCAUCCAGACUCAAGACACUCCAAACCCCAGAAGCUUGAAGUUUCUCCCUGGUAAACCAGUCCUAGGAAGUGGAACACUUGACUUUCCUUCUCCAAGCUCUGCGGAAUCUUCAUCUUUAGCCAGGGUCUUGUUUGAGAUUGAAGGAGUGAAAAGUGUGUUCUUUGGCCCUGACUUCAUCACAGUCACUAAAGCAGAUGAAGAUGUGGAAUGGACAGACAUCAAGCGUCAUGCUUCGGACGCCAUUACUAAGUUCUUUGAGAGUGGUGACCUGAUAACAACAGGGGAGGUUCACCAUGAAAGCAGUAUUUCAGAAGAUGAUGAUGAAAUUGUCUGUAUGAUAAAGGAGCUUCUGGACACCAGGAUUAGGCCGACAGUGCAGGAGGACGGAGGCGAUGUCAUCUACAAGGGUUUUGAGGACGGCACGGUCAAGCUGAAGCUGGUCGGCUCCUGCACAGGGUGUCCCAGCUCCUCAGUCACACUGCGGAAUGGGAUUCAGAACAUGCUGCAGUUUUACAUCCCAGAAGUAGACACAGUAGAACAGGUGGAGGACGAAGUGGAUGAAAUCAAUGCGAAGGUUUUCUUAGAGCUGGAACGCAAAUUACAAGAAUGAAUAAUGUUUUCGACCAAUGCACUC